CACCAUCUAGAAAGAAGGAAGCGGCAACUUCGGCUUGCGCAUCGAUCUUGAAAUUUUGGCGAGUGUCGACGACCUUAAUCGGGUGGAGUUUCUUGCUCACCGAUCGUCGAGGUCUGUUCGAUUGAAGUUCGAAGUGCGCACGCACUGAAGCCGUCGGGGUCCGUGACGAUGUCGAGGAGAACCGCAGCGUUGGCGCUCGCGUGCCUCGCCGUGACGACGGCGGCGCUGGCGGACGGCGCUCUGCUUCCGUGGUUCGGCGACGGCAGGCGCGGCGGGCGCGACGAGGCGGCGGCGGUGUCGCCGCUGUCCGACGUGGGACUCCUGGCGGACCCGUUCCGGAUCCUGGAGCACGUCCCCUUCGGGUUCGACCGGGACGACGUGGCCAUGGUGUCCAUGGCGCGCGUGGACUGGCGCGAGACCCCCGACGCGCACGAGAUCGUGGUGGACGUGCCCGGGAUGCGCAGGGAGGACCUCAAGAUCGAGGUGGAGGACAACCGGGUGCUGCGCGUGAGCGGCGAGCGGCGGCGCGUCGAGGAGCAGAAGGGCGACCACUGGCACCGCGAGGAGCGGUCCUACGGCAGGUUCUGGCGCCAGUUCCGCCUCCCCGAGAACGCCGACCUCGACUCCGUCGCCGCCAGCCUCGACAACGGCGUCCUCACCGUGCGGUUCCGGAAGCUGGCGCCCGAGCAGAUCAAGGGCCCGCGCGUCGUCGGGAUCGCCGGGGGAGACGGAGACGGCGGCGACGCCAAGAAGAGCAUCGGCGCUGGCGCUGGCGCCGGCGCCGGGGACGAUCAUCAGACCAAGAAGGUGGAGCUCUGAACAGUGAAAAUGAGGAGAUGGCUGUGCCUAGUAUGUUCUUUUGUGUGGUCUGUAUGUUUUGAGUACUCCACGACGUGUAUCCACUUGUAGAGGAAGUGUGCGAUGUUAACUGAGGAAUAAAUAAAAACAUACAGUACUACUAGUGAUCUUUCUUCAAC